AUGGAUUUGUACAACCGUAGUUUGUGUUAUGCUAAAGUUGGCACAAGCAAUGUUGCCUUGGCCUAUUCAAACCGAUCGGCGUGUUUCUUCCACAUGCGGAUGUAUGAUGAGGCUCUUGUCGACAUUGAACUAGCCAAGAAGGCGAAUAUUUCUGAUCACCUGAUUCCGAAGCUUGAGCAUUGCGAGCAGGAAAGUCGUACAUUGAGACGUAUACAAAAGACUCCAUCAAAACGUCCAUGCCAACUGAGUUAUGAGUCCGACGACGAUUUUCCGUGCAUGGUUGAUGUGAUUAAAAUAAAGUACAAUCAAGAACUUGGCAGGCAUUUGAUUGCGACACGGAAUAUUCCAGCCGGUGAAACAAUUUUGCUGGAAGACAGCUAUGUGAUGGCAAGAGAAGAUGACAGGCUGGUCUGCCAUACAUGCUAUCGAGGAAAUGCAAAUUUUAUCGCCUGUGAACAUUGCCCGGAUGCCAUAUUCUGCAGCACAUAUUGCAAGAAUACGAAUCCGACUCACAAAUGGGAGUGCGAUACAUUUUUUGAAAUGGUGGAGAUCGAUAUGAAAUUCCACAUUCGGGCGAUUUUAAUAGCAAUUGAUACAUUUGCAAAUGUUGCAGAUUUGAUGCAAUUCGUUGAUCAUACUUUGCUUGAAGAUUCGCAAAAUCUUCCAACAUCAAUGCACAACCCACUGUCGAAGUAUCAUUUCUUCUUUAAGCUGCAAAAAUCGGAGCCAAAAUCUUCAGAAGUUCUGCUCGACAUUAGCACCUUGUACCGAAGUAUGAUUGAGCUUCCAAAAAUCGCAAGCGUGUUCAACACUUUGAGGAAACAGCGUUUUUUAAUGCACCUUGUUGCGCAUCAUUUCUUCGUGGCAUCAAACAAUUCGAUUGGAAACGACUCGAAUACAACAAUUGCUAAUAUUCAUUCACUUUUAAGUCACUCUUGUGCUCCGAACACAGCUACCUAUGCAGCUGGAAAUCAACGAUUCUCAAUCACUAUUCGACCUAUUAGAAAAGGACAACCACUCUACAUGAAUUAUUUACAUUCAAUCGAUGACAAACCAUUGAACAUUCGACAAGCGGAACUCAAAUCUGGCUGGGGUUUCACUUGUAAGUGUGAAAACUGCGUUGCUGGUGACAAACCUAUCAAUAUAAAACACAUGAUGACAGAUCCAUGCACACGAUUUUUACUCAUCAACUAUUCGAUCGAAGAGAACUAUCCGAUUGUACUGGAGACGUGCCUUAAACUACUGAAAAAAUACAAAAAUCAACGGUGGACUAUUGAGAUGCAAAUUGUCGCCGGCAUUCUUGCACGCAUCUACAAGCAAAUGUUUUCUUUUUGA